GAGCGAGUGAGCGAGCGAGCGAGUGGUCAAAAUGUCACACUGCGAAGAGCGCAAGUUGCUGUUGUUCGUUUUAAUCCUGCUGGGCUAUGCACCGCUCUGCAUUUCUGGAAUGAGGAGAGAAUAUUUCCUCAGGAUAGAAGAAGUUAAUUGGAACUACGCACCCAGUGGGAUGAACCUCAUCCAGAACAACACAAUCCAAGAAGAUGACGAAGCUGCCGUUUUUCUCCAGAAGGGCCCGCAGCGAAUCGGCUCCACCUACAAAAAGGCCCUUUAUAAGCAGUACAGCGAUGCCACGUACGCCACGGAGGUGGCGAAGCAAGCCUGGUUGGGCUACCUGGGACCCCUGUUGAUGGCCGAAGAGGGCGACACUUUGAUCGUCCACCUGAGAAACGCGGCGUCCAGACCGUACAGCAUCCAUCCCCACGGACUCAACUACAGCAAAGGCAGCGAGGGGGCACUGUACCCAGACGGCACAGCGGCCGAGAUGAAGGGCGACGACUCGGUGGCUCCCGGUACCAGCGUCACGUACGAGUGGACUCUACGCCAUUCGCACAGCCCCAAAGCCACCGAGAGCAACUGCCUGAGCAGAUUCUACCACUCGCACGUGUCUACUCCCAAAGAUAUCAACUCAGGCUUGAUUGGACCCCUCAUUCUCUGUAAGAAAGGAACGCUGGUGGACACGCACGGCGACAGUGCAGCAGACUACACGUACGCCCUCGUAUUCUUGGUGUCGGACGAAAACUUCAGCUGGUAUCUCGAUGACAACAUCAGGACGCAUAUCACAAACCCUGCCAGCGGCCUGAAGAAGGAAGAUUUCAUGGAGAGCAACAAGACCACAGGUAUCAAUGGAUUUCUGUAUGGUAACCUACCUGGACUGAGUAUGUGCCAAGGAAACAAGAUCCACUGGCAUAUGAUUGGCUUGGGAAAUGAGGUGGACAUGCAUUCCGUUCAUUUCCACGGGCAGAUCCUGAUGAGCGAAAAUCACCACACAGACACGGUCAGUCUUUUCCCCGGCUCCAGCACCACGGCCGAGAUGGUGGCGGACAACCCCGGGCACUGGCUGCUGACGUGCACCGUUAAUGAUCAUCUGAUGGGUGGUAUGCAGGCCAUAUUUGAGAUCAGAAAAUGUUUCCCAAAUGUCCACAAACCACGUCCGCAAGGUCAGCUCAGAGAGUUCUUUAUUGCCGCAGAAGAAGAGGUCUGGGACUACGCUCCCACAUUGCCGACAGACAGCGAGGCAGACACGUUUGUGACCAGAAGUGGAAAUCGUAUCGGAAGUCGCUACAAGAAGGUGCGCUAUGUGGAAUACACUGACAGCUCCUUUCUGACCAAGAUGCUACGCACAGCGGAGGAGGGACACCUUGGAAUUCUGGGUCCCGUGCUGCGAGCCGAAGAGAAAGACAGUAUCAAGGUGGUCUUCAAGAACAAGGCCACUCGGCCUUACUCGAUGCAGCCGCACGGAGUACAGUACAGUAUCGAACAAGACGGGACGCUCUAUCACAAUGAAUUAGAAGAGUCCUACACUGCAAAAAAGUUGAGGGAAUUAAAACAUGAACAAAGGCUAGUGACGCCUCCUCCGGCCGCUCUGGUGGCACCGGGCAAGACGCACACCUACGAGUGGUUUGUGCCUGCGGGUGCCGGGCCCGUGCACGGAGAGGCCGACUGUCUGACCUACCUGUACUACUCGGGCGUAGACCCGGUCAAAGACACCAACUCGGGACUGGUCGGACCCAUGCUCGUCUGCCGCCCUAAUUCUCUGAAGAAGGGGAUUCAGAAGAACUAUAAGAAAGAGUUUCACUUGCUGGCCACAGUGUUUGAUGAAAACCUGAGCUGGUAUCUGGACGAUACAAUACGUGCCUUCGCCACAGCUCCGGCCACUGUUAACAAGGACGAUGAAGGCUUUAUUGAGAGCAACAAGAUGCAUUCCAUCAACGGCUAUGUGUACGGGAGCCUCCGAGGCCUGACCAUGUGUAAGGGGGACAAAGUCACGUGGCACCUGUCGGGACUGGGUUCCGAAACGGAUAUCAACAGUCUUUACUUUGAGGGAAACCGUUUCAUCUUUCGGCAGAACAGAUUGGACGCAAUUUCUGUCUUUCCGCACAUCUCGCGCACCGUCACCAUGGAGCCGGACAGUAUGGGUCAAUUUGAAGUGGCGUCACCCACCAUCGCGCACUACCGUGGAGGAAUGAGAGCCAACUACACGGUGGAGAAAUGCAACUUUUUGCAGCGCCAGGGUGAGACCAUGUACCACUUUAAAACCUACUACAUCGCUGCCAUGGAGAUGGACUGGGAUUACUCUCCAAAUCGUACUUGGGAGGCUGAAAUGUUUCACGGUCAGCAAAGUCCAGCUUCCGUCUUCCUUGACCAAGCGGGCGGCUUUAUCGGCUCACGCUACAAGAAGGUGGUUUAUCGACAGUUCACAAACGACAAGUUCAACAAGCAGGUGGAAAGAGGUGCCGACAUGGAACAUCUGGGCAUUAUGGGUCCAAUGAUCCAUGCUGGCGUGGGAGACAAAGUCAAGGUGGUUUUUAAGAACAUGGCAUCCAGACCGUAUUCCAUCCACGCCCAUGGAGUCAAGACAGAGAGCCCCAACGUUUACCGCACCAAUCCCGGUGAGACUCACACCUACGAGUGGUACGUUACAAAGAAUACAGGACCGACCACGGAGCAAGAAGAGUGCUCUGUGUCAGCAUACUACUCCACAGUGGACAUUGCCAAGGACCUGUACAGCGGUCUCAUCGGUCCUCUGGUCAUCUGUCGACGGAGUUGGGCCAGGACUUUGGGCCUGAAGAAAGAAAUCGAAGAGUUUGCAUUGCUGAUGCUGGUAUUUGAUGAGAACGAGAGCUGGUAUUUGGAUGAAAACAUCAGGGCGUACAUCAGGAGCCCUGGAGCAAAUUUGAAGGAUGCCCAAGACUUUAUCGAGAGCAACAAGAUGCACGCUAUCAAUGGCUUUGUAUACGCCAACCUUAAGGGCUUGAACAUGGAGGUCGGAGAUAAGGUCUACUGGUACCUGAUGGGCAUGGGCACUGAGGUGGACAUGCACGGUGUUCACUGGCAUGGGCACAGCGUGGAAUAUAAGCUGGGUGGAGGCCCGCACACCACUGAUGUCUUUCAACUUUUUCCAGCCACCUUUCAGACAGUAAAAAUGCGGCCCGAGUAUCCUGGAACAUGGCUGCUUCACUGUCAUGUUACUGACCAUAUUAAAGCUGGCACAAUCGCGAUGUAUACUGUCAGAGAAAAAGUGAACAAGAGGGGAUUCACUGGUUAAAAUGUGGAAGGCAAAAAUAAGAGCACAUCUCCAAAUAUAUUCUAUUCAAGU